AUGGCUAACAGCACGCUGCUGGCGCUAAUCAAUGACACUCUGGUCCCUGACUCCUGGGAAGUAUAUUGCAUCCAAUCGCUGAACGACAACGGCUUUGACUGGACGAGCGGAUUGGUAGACUACAAUGGGAACGCCGUAUCCAGUCUAACGAACCUUACAUGGGGCAUUACCAUCGCAACUUGCUACCAGUUCUGCAAAGCGAACCAUAUCCCAUAUGCUUGGAAUUUCCAGUUCAAUGACUUCGCGGCCUCUAUGACCAACUAUCUCUUCCCAUGGCUUGCUUUAACGGCACAGCUACCCUUCGAAACGGGCAACGUGUUCAGCAAUUUGAUGAGCUUCUGCAUGGCGCUUGGCAGCCCGGCACUUAUCACCUACUCCUUGACAAUCACCAUCCUGAACCAGUACUGGGCCCAAGCACGCUUUCGGACUCUGCGCGAUGAUGCUGGGGACGAGCGAGUGGCCAGACGUUUCAGAGGCAUUGCCGAGCGUAUUCGUGCGGCACUCUACCUACUCCGAGAAGCACAGCAGGUGCCACUCAGGGCAUCCCAGGUGGGUGGGUGGCUUGCAAGCCUUAUUGUGCUUCCCAAGAACGCUGUUUGGUGGGAGCGCUUAAAGAUGCGUCUGCAGGCCACACGGCGAGGCGUGACGGCAUCGUUGGUUGCGCAAAUGCUAUUCGCGGUGACUGCAUACCUUUUCACCGUAAUCGCAGCGUUCAAAGCGCAGAUGGGCGAUCCAGAAACGGCGCUGCAAAUUGCGUCCGGCAGUCUGUGGAUUUGGUUGAUCCCGGUCAUUUCCGGAUGGCUGACAGUUGGUACUCAAUCGACGCAUCACUCGAUUGAAGACGCUCUGAAACAAGACCAGGCCGAACGAGGGAGGACGCCACCGUUUCUGACGGCACCAAAUGGUAGUUUAACCGAGUCAGCGAUUCAGAAAGGCCUCUUCGUGCUUAAUGACGAGUCUUCUGGUCUCCCGCCUCAGCCAAGCCAGAAUGGGACCGCUGUGGGCGACUUCACGGCUCCUGGCGUGGGUCAUACGAAGCGGCUGACUUGGAAUGGGUGCAAUGUCGGUGGAGACGAGCAACUCAAAGGGCCGAUCUACAAUUAUGCGCGGCUGUUCACGUGGUGUCAGCUCGCUUCGACCCUUCACAGAACUUUCACCAUCGCCGUCAAUAAGGUCGAUCGCGGCAUCGCCUGUGGAAGUCUUGACCAAUAUGUCGCAGGCCAGGCCCCUCCAGCAUGGGACGAGCAAUUACAGAACCAAGAUGAGAAUCUCGUUAGCGACAGUUUUGGGACUGGAAGGUACUGCGGCUUUGAUCUUGACGAGAACGCAAUACGCGCUUACCCCUACUGGACCGGCGACGAGGAGCAUAACGGGCUCUCUGCUGCCGUCUACAAACGCAUCAUCGGUGCUGCAUUUGCAGCGCUCUUCGUACAGUGGGGAACGACAGGUGCUUCGGUGCUUAUUGCUUACAAGACGCCUACUGUGGGCAUUGGGUGUCGUUCGGCGAGCUAUUUGUUGUACGGUGGCCUUGGUACCGCUUGCUGGCUUUUCCUGCUAGUAUCAAUGCUGCUUUCUCAUGCGGCUAUGCUGGCGUAUCAGGAGGUCCACAUUCAGCACCCUUCUAUCGACCUCCGUAAGCGCCAGCGUGGCCCCGGUCUCUGGCUUCUGUGCGCGCUUGCCGUCACUACGCGGUACAUUGGGAAGACACUUGCGGUCGUGAAUACGAUCUGGCUGAUCCUCAGCUCGCUUCUCGAGUUUGUCGGUGCCCUCAACAACUGUUGGUGCAAGGGCGACGCUCUCGGGUUGCACAGCAAAGGUUGGGUUGUGCUCUUCAAAAAUUCGACUGACCUUGCGAUUGCAGCACAAGACAUCUGGGGAGGAGCUUUUGCGAUGACUGUUGGUGUCUGCAUUGCGUCUUACUUCCUGUUCGCGCUCACCCUCAUUAAGGAUGAGGAUGAUUAA